UGUUAGGUGCCAAGAAAGUGCCCAACUUAUAUUCUUGUGUCUAUAAGUAUGUGUUGGUAAAUGAAGAAUGACACGGAGCAAGUAUUUCAUAAUACAUCACAGUUUGCCAAAGCUAGUCCCUUUACAAUUGUCAUCGAUUCUUUCUUUUUUGUUCUCAGGUAAAUAUAGUUGUGCUAGUGACGAAUCAUUCUAUGGCUGACCCAGUUUCACUAGUAGCAGGUCCGAUUGUCAAGACGGUCCUUGGGCUUGCCAGUUCCUUGAUCACACAAAAGUACCAGUUGCUGCAAGGUGUUGAGGGAGACAUUAAGAAACUAUCAAGCAAGCUAACCGCAAUCCAAUCUGUGCUUGAAGAUGCGGAGGAAAAGCAGCUCGAUAACCGGCCACUGAGAGAUUGGCUUGGAAAGCUGAAAGAAGCAGCUUAUGAUGCGCACGACAUACUAGAGACUUUUGCAACUGAAGCCUGCCUGUGGCAGAAAAAACAGCAGGUACAAAACAUUCCGCGUCCUUUUAGUGCAACUGAAACUGCAUACAAAUUAGAGGCGGCAAGUGAGAUUAAGGAAAUUUUAGCAAGACUUGAUGAGAUUGCUAAAGAAAAAGAACAGUUUCAUCUCAAUGUGAAUGACAAUGAUAACAGAAACACAUAUGAGAAUAGGAACACUGGUUCUUUUGUGGUUGAAGCUGAUGUGGUUGGUAGGGAGGAUGACAAAAAUAAGGUAGUUAAUCUCUUGCUAUCCCAGGAAUUUGAUAGGGAAGAUGACAUUUCUGUGAUUCCCAUCAUUGGGAUGGGAGGAUUGGGCAAGACAACUCUUGCCCAAGUGGUCUUCAACGACGAUAGAGUCAAAAACCAUUUUGAAUUUAGGAUGUGGGUGUGUGUCACAACCAAUUUUGACUAUAGAAAAAUCCUAAAAGGGAUGAUAGAAUAUCAUACCGAGAUGAACUAUAAUAUCAACUCAUUAUCGGAUAACCAGCUACAAUCCCGCCUUUUAGAAUUUUUGGCUAGAAAACGCUUUUUACUUGUCCUAGAUGAUGUGUGGAUUGAGAGUUAUCAUGUCUGGGAGCGACUUCUAGUACUCUUAAAACAAGGGGGAAAGGGAUGUAGAGUAUUGAUCACUAGUCGAAACAAGAGGGUCUUAGAUGUCACCGGCACACAGCCUCAACCCUAUCUCUUGGACUAUUUGCCCGAAGACCAGUGUUGGUCAUUGUUUGAAAAAAUUGUCUUUACACAACAAAACAUUUUAGCCCACGAUGUGCGUAGUCGUUUGGAGGACAUUGGUAGGGAAAUUGUACGCAAGUGCGAUAGGUUGCCUUUGGCUAUCAAGGCAAUGGGAGGUUUGUUGCGUGGUAACAAUGACGUAAACAAAUGGAAGAACAUCCUAAAGAAUGAGAUUUGGGAGGCAGAGAAAAAAAGUACCAACACUGGGGAGCCAAUUGUUUUGCCAGCCCUAAAAUUGAGUUAUGACCUUCUUCCUUCACAUUUAAAGCAUUGUUUUGCUUACUGUUACAUAUUUCCUAAAGGUUAUAUGUUUGAUAAGAAUGAGUUGGUCAAAUUGUGGAAGGCAGAAUCCUUUAUUCUUUCUACAUCACGAGAAGACACAAUCGAUGAAAUUGGAAGUGAUUAUUUUGAUGAGUUGUUAAUGAGGUCCUUCUUUCAACUUUUAGAUACUGAAAACAGGCAGACAUACAGGAUGCAUGAUCUUAUCCAUGAUUUGGCACAAUCGAUUUCAUUCCCCAAUUGCUACCAAGUCAAGGAUAACAAAUCAUGCCAUGUCUCUGAAAUUUCACGUCAUGUAUCAUUACUUUGCAAAGAUGUGGAGGAACCUGUUUUACAAAUCAUUGAGAAAUCUAAGAAGCUGCGCACACUUUUGCUGCCCAGUGAACACCAUAAGGCCUUUGGGCAAGCCCUUGACAAACUGUUCCACAGUUUGAAAUACAUACGUGUGUUAGAUUUGAGUUCAAGCACACUGAUGGAGUUGCCAAACUCAAUUGAAAAGUUGAAGUUAUUGUACUACCUCGAUCUUUCCAAAACCGAAAUCAAAGAACUUCCCAACUCCAUAUGCAGCCUCCACAAUUUGCAAACACUAAAACUCUUAGGGUGCCUUUGGCUUUUCAAACUGCCCAAAGACCUUGGAAACUUGACCAACUUGCAGCAUCUCGAGCUAGAUGAUAUUUUCUGGGUCAAGUCAUCCACAUUGCCUCCAAGUAUGGGGAGAUUAACUCGUCUCCAGAAUCUGCAUGCUUUUCAGAUCAUCGAUAAGCCUGGUUAUGGAAUUGAUGAAUUGAAGGAUAUGAACUGUCUUAAGGGAGCAUUACAUAUUUCAAAGCUGGAGAAUGCAGUGAAUGCAGCAGACGCGAAGUUGAAAGACAAAGAAAAGCUUCAAAAGGUGGUGUUUGAAUGGAGCAGCAGCGAUGGUAGUUCACAGGAUGAAGAAGCUGAUGAAAGGGUGCUUGAAGACCUUCAACCUCACUCAGACCUCCAAGUGCUCCAACUUUUCUGCUACAAGGGUACCAGAUUUCCAUCUUGGAUGGGAGAUGGGCUGCUUCAAAAUGUUGUAACGCUUUCCUUAAAAGAUUGUUCAAAAUGCAAAGUCCUGCCUCUUGGUCAGCUAGAGAAACUAAGAGACAUCCGCAUUAAAGGAAUGCUAGAAUUGGAAGAAUGGCCAGAGGCACUCUACACUUCUCUCCUCCAUCUGAAGAUUAGCAACUGCCCCAAGCUAGGAAAGUUGCCCAGCAUCUUUCAUUCCGUGACAGUCCUGAAGAUCACAAAGUGUCACUCAUUGAAGACCCUUCCAUUGACCCCCUCUCUUCGAUUUUCUAUACUUGUUGACAAUCCUGUUCUGGGAGAUUGGAACGAAAGGCGUUUUCAUUUCGUUAAUGAUCAAGGAGAAGUUGUGGCUCUGCUGGGAUCUAGCUUUAGCAAUCUCCUAGAAUUAAAAGUCAUUAAAUGUCCCAAAUUGACGACACUACCACAACUCUUUUUUCCUCAGAAAUUAGAGAUAAGUGAGUGUCAACUAUUGAAUGCCCUCCCAAUCCCAGAGCACUCUCGACGCUUGCAGCAUUUAGCACUUGAUGCUUGUCAUGGUGGAACACUAGUGAGGAAAAUUCCAGAAACCAGUUCUCUAUACUCCUUGGUCAUUUCCAACAUCUCAGGACUAACCUGUCUUCCAAAGUUGCCACAACUUUCUGGGCUUAAAGCAUUAUACAUCCAUUCUUGCAGCGAUCUUGUAUCUUUGUCCGAAGAAGGAUCAUCAGUCCAAGGCCUGCCUUCUCUCAAACUUCUAUCCAUCCGAAACUGUCCCCAGCUUGUGACACUGCCGGAACAAGGGCUACCUGCAACAAUUGAGUGUCUUACUAUUGGUUCAUGCCCCGGUCUCAAGUUCCUAGGUCCCAGAGAAUGGCUGAGGAACCUCACCUCUCUUAAGGAUCUUUACCUCGAUGACUGUCCCUCACUAGAGUCAUUGCCAGAGGAGGGUCCUCCAACCUCUCUUCAACAUUUGCACAUUGAAGGUUGUCCGUUGUUGGUGAAACAAUGUCAAAAAGACCUAGGCCCAGAUUUGCCAAACAUCAAGGACAUUCCUGAUCUAGAGAUUGACCAUCCCAAGGACAUUCCUGAUCCCAAUGCCGAAACAGAAGUAUCUUCACCACCUUGGUAUCGCCAAUUUAUUUGCUGUAAAGGAAUUGACAGUAAGAAUUAGAGCAACCACAACAGCUCAAUUCAUAGAUCUUAAUGCAAAAGGAUGAAGGAUACUGAAGCUUGAUGAUGAUUUGAGAAAGAACUACCAAUGGUGAAAAGAUUUGACUUCGGAGGGAAAAUGAAGGAUUGCAUGCUUGGUUAAUGUUCUUGAUUACAUCAAAAUACAAGUUUAUGUAUUUAAAAAGGUCCUAAUUGAGUCAUUAGGUGACAGUUUGUUAUAAAUAGGAUGCUUGUGUUAUAUUUUGAUGAAUGUUUUUAACAAUAAUGCUAUGAUGUCAUAUGAUGCCAUGGCAUAGCGUUUUAUUUGAAUAAUUUGUGUUUGUGAUUGUUUGUAAAAGUUGCAAAAAUAUUUGUUGCUUCCAUUCUUGUAAUUUUACUUAAUUAUGUUGCUUUUCAGUAGCAAAUUAAGUUAUCUUUGUUGCGUUGUAUGUACUAGAAUGUUUAAAAGUGUGAACUUCACAAUUUCUACAUCUAAUCCAAUUUUUAGACAUGA